AUGGAAGCAGUGAAACCAAAGAAGCCCAGACCCAAGGAGCGUGCUCCCGUUCGAGAAACACCUCCCGUUCCAUCGCGGCCUGCCGUGGUAAUGGGAAUGAGGUUGCCCGAGGUUCCUCAACAUGAGCCUUGCAGAACCAGCAGCCCGGAACCAGAAGAAGUUGUCUUGUCGGAUGAUGAACAGCCGUCUACUUCUACAGUGGUCACUGAGACAGUUGAUGUUCCUCCUUCCGAUGAAGUUCUGUCGAAUGGAACAGCUAUCGAAUCUGAAAAAAGGUCCCAGGUUCAAUGGAGCCCUGUGCAGAUGAUGCAAGCGUCGAGAAAUCUGCCGGGAGGUCCAAAACUUAAACCUUUCUUGUAUGAGCAGCCUAAUCCCAUCCUAGUCAUGGGCGCUUUUUUUGGUUGA